UUGUGCGGUACUGAGAAAAGUAUAAUAAUAUGUGGACCUCUGAUUUGCUUACAGAUGGCCGACAGUUCUCUCAGCGGUAUAUCUCGCCCACCAACUGCGUUGAACCCACCUCAUCGUCCUGUCACACAGCAGGGUCUCAGUGGUGGUAGAGCAGUAAGCCGUCUUGGCACUGGAAGUAUGCGCCAAGUUCACGACAAGUCCUACUAUAUGGGUAUCCUACGUUCGAAAAUAAAUCAGAUCAGUUCGGAAAUUGCCCGGUUGGAAGAAGUUUACCAGAGAGGUCAACGAGAUCGUAUGGAACUCGAUGUCUACGAGCAAAGAGCGAAAGAAAGUGCGAUGGAGGUGAAGGAACUGCAACGUAAACUCCUCAACUACAAUUUGGUGAUGGGCGACCUCGAGGCUGAAUCAAGAAAAGCUAAGGAGACUGCUGAUGAGCUAGAAGCGACGGUCCAGGAUCUCUUCCAUGAGCGCCAAGCUCGGGAAUAUGAGAUCGACGAGCUUGCAGCGGAAAUUGAAGAGCAGAAACGACUAAAUCAAACGAUGCUAUCUGGCAUGGAUCCAAACCUACGCGAAACAUACGAAGAGUUGAAAAAAGAAAGUGAAUCGUUGGCAACGAAGGUAGAGGAAGCCCAAGAAGAGUUGGCUCGGCUGGACGAGAAAAAGGAACAACUUGAACUUGAACUAAUGAAUUCACCUGUGAAGAAGAAAGCCAGUCAGCUGCUGAUUGACUUAAAAGCGAAAGAAGCGAAUUUGAUUGCUGAGAAGGAAGCAAUGGAAACACCUGAACAGAAGAAGCAAAAGCUCAUCGAGGAGAUCAAAAAUAACAACGAAGACAUCGGCAAGGUUCCCAGUGCUCAAAUAAAGAAUUAUAGUAGACUUGAUGUUUUGUCAACUGAGAUUCGCGAGUUCGACUCCAGUGCUGACAACAAACUUGGUAAGUGUGAAUGA